GCCGACCUAAUAAUAAUAAUAAUACCCGGUUUGACAUAAAAAAGGCGACUGCAUUUAAUCUCUUACGAUUUAGGUUUUACAGAGAUUAGAUUGAUCAAAAUCGAAUUCCGGUGGCCAAGAAAGAAUACGUGUGACGAUGAUAUACGACGUCAACUCCCCUCUCUUUAGAUCCUUCCUUAGCCAGAAGGGUGGUGCAUCAGACAAGAGGAAAACUGAGGAGCAGAAGCCAAAGGAACAGAGACCCAAGGCUAAUGAAAACAAACCUGUUAUGAACGAGUAAAGCCAAGGUUAUAUGUUGGCCACCACCUCCUUCUCUGUGUAGUAGGUUUCAAAUGAUAUUUGUGUGUGUACCCAACAACCCUUUCUAUUCUUAAGAUACCAAUUUUCUUCCUAAUACUUUGAAGUUUUAUAAUAAUAAUAAUAUGUCCUUGUGAGAUAUCUGAUGUCUUCUUUUAUAAUUGUUGGCUUGUUUUAUAUUGAUGAUAAUCUCAAAAUUGCAUUUCCUUUAAAGCAUAGUAAUUGGUAGCUUUUUCCUCUUAGUAGGUUCUCUCCCCUCUCCAGCAUUUUUGUGUUGAGUUUUGUUUUUCUUUUGUGUGUGUGUGGGGUUGAGACUUGUCCUUUUUUUUGGUUUUUGUCAAACCUCAAUAAUGGUUACCUAUCUAUCUAUCUAUGUAUCAUCUUCAUUGGAUCCCUUUUCAA